AUGGGAGGCAACACCUUCUCGAAGGAGCACGACAGUCCUCACCAGAAGAAGCCACCAACUGGAGAUGGAGUCAGCAACAAAUCGGCCAAGGAGCCCAGAUCGGAGGAGAAAAGCGAGAAGCCAGUGACCACCGCCACUACCACUCCCGGAAGUCAUCGCCUGGAAAAGCCGAGAAGCAAAGAUGGCAAAGAUACCACUUCAAAGAGCGGCUCAGGCAAACAUGGCGGGAAGAAGAGCAGCGCAGACAAGGACAAGUACAGCAAGGACAAAAGCAAAGAGAAGGACCAGGACCAGGAUGAGCGAAAGGACAUCUUUGCCCGCAUCGCCGCCGGUGAGGUGGCCAGCCAGCCGGUGUCCAACGCUCCGGCCGGCGCCGUGGUCGUCGGCGGAAGCGGCCCAGCGCAUGGACACGUCGUCCAGAAGGGCGUCUACCGAUACUCGCCGGGCUUUGAGGCCAUUCGUAAGACGGCUCAGCUGGAGAAGCAGCAGCAGCAGCCACUAUCACAACAGGGAGACCAGCAGACAAAGACGCACAAGCCAAGGAAGUCGGUCGAGGAGAGAGACCGGGCUCGACGGGAGCGAGGCGAACGACAGACUUCUUCGAUGGUCAUCCGCAUGCCUGUGUCCACGAAGAGCAUCGAAGGUCGAGGAGGAGGAAAGUCGGCGAAGCAGCCGAACAGCGGCAGCGGCAAGUACGAGAAGAGUCACAGUGAGAAGCAACAGCAGCAGCUGCAGAAGAAGGGCAAAAGCAACAAGACCUCUAUUGUCAGCAAAGAGG